ACAUUAGUCUCAUUGUUGAUCAGGUCUGAGUGUUGAUUAGAGAUUAAUAAUGUUAAACACGGCUUUAAACUCGUUUGGAGCUCAGGUGCUGUUCGCGACGUCCAGCGAUGAGAAUUAUCCACCGGAACGCAUGAUAGACGGAAACAUGGAGACGUUCUGGCUGUCGACGGGGAUUUUCCCUCAAGAGUUCAUUAUCCGAUUUCCAGAUAACAUGAAGAUAUCGGUGAUAUCCAUCCACAGUUUUAAUAUAAAACGUUUAAGAAUCGAGCAAAGCACAAAUGAAGAGGCUGAGGAUUUUAAGGUCAUGGCAGAAAAGGAGUUUGAACAAACAGAGGGAAGUCUGCAAACAAAUGAAAUUUCACUUGACUGCUCAAAUGCAACACAUCUGCGGUUUCUGAUCCUCUCUGGAUAUGAUCACUUCGUCUCAGUGCACAAAGUGGGAAUACAGGCAUAAGACUGACUUUAAUGCACCAUUAGGACUUGUAAAGUAGCCUUAUUAUAUUUUAUACCAUGUACAGCAAUCAUUGUAUUUUGUAAUGAACUUGUAAUAAGAUGUCAAAUAAUCCAACUGUGCCUGUUAAAACUUGCUUGGUGGUAAAAAGCAGCUCGUUAAUGUCAUACAUGAUUUAUAAUAAUUAGCUUAUUAUUAUAGAAUGCAUACAAUUAUUUCAGAAAUUAAAGAGAGACUACUCAAUUUAUAGUUUCAAUCCUUUUACUGCUCGGACCAAGCAGUUAAAAAAAAAAAAAAAACCG